AUGAGAUUAAAAAGAGGAGCUUUUAUUAGAAAUGUCACAGCGAAUUUGAAUAAAAAUGGAAUAAGAUGUUCAACAUAUACAGUUUAUAAAGCUGCUCGAAAGUUAAAAUUAAAAUGGUUUAAAACAAGAAAAUCUCAAAAACUAUCAUAUCAAAAUAAAAUCGAUAGAGUUGAUUGUGCUAAAAGAUUGAGAUCGAAGUUUGGUGUUAGUAGAAAUGCAAAGAACUGGAAAUGGGAAAGGGUAGUUAAUACAGAUUUUAGUGGUGUAUUUACUUUACAACCAUUUCAGAAUAAAAGAAAUGAUGGUAUAUGGGCGGAAGAAAAUGAAGCUAUACCAUCAUCUUUAAUCAAUGCACCAACAGAUAAAUUUAAAAAAGGAAUCAUUUUCUGGGGUGCAAUAUCAUCCAACGGUCUUAUUCCUGUCGAUGCACCGAUUAGUUUAACAAAAUGGUUACACGAGAAACAAUACCAUGUUAAAAAAAACAAAAAAAUGUACUUAACUAGUGAUUUAUAUUCCAAAUUUUUAAUAGAAGAAGCCGCACCAGCAAUAUAUGAAGUAUUUGAAAAUUCUGGUGCAACACCUAUAUUUCAAGAUGAUCAGGAUAACAAACAUCGGACGACAUUUGUCAAAAAUACCGUUGCUGAUCUAUUUGAUGAACGGAUCGAUCCGAAAACAGGUGAUGCUAAAUUUGCCGAUAUUUGGCCGAUCGAGAAAGUCUGGGAUGCAAUUAAAGAAAAGGUACGAGGGCAAGAAUUUGAUGGCGAAGUAGAUUUGGAAGAGCAGGUAGCAGUCUAUUGGAAAACAUUUACUGCAGAGAAAUGCCGACAAAUGAUGGAAAAAAUACCGAAACAGUUGAAAUUAGUGAUCGAUAAAAAUGGAGAACAAAUAUUUAAUGAUUAA